AUGCAGCGUCCGGCGGAGGUGAUGACAUCCAGAAUCCACUCCGGCACAUCCCGGGACGCUCCCAGCACUUCUUUCGCAAACUCCUCAGCCAACUCUGCUGUGGGAGACGCCAGUAUGCCGAAAAAAAAAAUGAAAUCAACAGGCGGGCGCGCACAUCAACGAAUCACGCUUACAUUUGAGCUCCCCAUGCAGCAAAGCACGCCAUCCGUCACUCUGCUCGGGCCCGUUUGCAUUGCACUGAGGGGUUGCAACGGGUCCGUAAACACAGCCGCCCCUCACCUGCCGGAUGUGGGCGGUAGGUGCAGCAGGGGCUCGUUGAGGCAUAUUUCCAUGGCCAGGCACUCCGCCCCGUGGCCGCGCGCCAGCGAGCCGUCACCCACCCCACCGCAUGGGCAAGUGCCUAGCGCCCAAAUGAAAGCACGGCACAGCCAGACUUCGCUCCACACUCAACUGAGCCAUCGGAUCAUAGAGUAUAGUGCGCAUUGGAUUCGAACGCCUCCCGCAGCAUGCGGGCCCUGUGCUUACGGACCGGCGGCGUCUUAA